UCAAUUUUUGGAUUUCGAUCGAGGCAAGGUGAUGUGGAGGGUGGCGCGAUCUGUGGCGUCGGGCUUCCGCCAGUGCCGGCGGCGGGCGAUGUCGACCGCGAUUCCCGGACCUUGCAUCGUGCACAAGCGCGGCACGGAUAUUCUCAACGAUCCUUGGUUAAACAAGGAUACAAGCUUCACUUUGGCAGAGAGAGAUCGUCUGGGAUUACGCGGUCUGCUUCCACCAUGAUGGAAUCAUAUAGGUCCAUGGAAAUGAAUACUCAAGGGCAACAGAAUGAAGUUGUAUCCCUUUCGAAAUGGAGAAUUUUGAAUAGACUCCAUGACAGGAAUGAGACAUUAUAUUAUCGAGUCUUGAUUGAUAACAUCAAGAACUUUACCCCCAUAAUAUACACUCCAACAGUUGGAUUGGUGUGCCAAAAUUACUCAGGUUUGUUUAGACGUUUGCGUGGCAUGUAUUUCAGUGCCAAAGAUAAAGGGGAGAUGAUGUCUAUGAUCUACACCUGGCCCGCUCAGCAGGUUGAUAUGAUUGUGCUCACAGAUGGGAGUCGCAUUCUUGGUCUGGGUGACCUUGGAGUUCAGGGAAUAGGUGUUCCUAUUGCUAAACUUGACAUGUAUGUUGCUGCUGCUGGCAUCAACCCACAAAAGGUACUGCCAAUUAUGCUUGAUGUUGGUACCAACAACCAAAAGUUACUUCAAGACCGAGUCAGAAAACCAAGGCUGGAGGGAGAAGAAUACUUGUCUGUUGUUGAUGAACUCAUGGAAGCUAUUCAUGCACGUUGGCCAAAGGCUAUUGUGCAGUUUGAAGAUUUUCAAAUGAAGUGGGCCUUUGUGACUCUCGAUCGGUACCGUAAAAAGUUUUGCAUGUUCAAUGAUGACAUACAGGUAACAGCUGGUGUUGCAUUGGCUGGACUACUUGGUACUGUUAGGGCACAGGGGAAGCCAUUGGCUAAUUUUGCAAACCAAAAGAUAGUCGUGGUUGGGGCUGGAAGUGCGGGACUUGGUGUUCUACAGGCUGUUUCAAGAAUGAGUGGGUCAAAUGCAGAUCCUCACUUCUUCCUUCUUGACAAAGAUGUUAAGAAAGUCAAGCUGCAUGUGCUUCUUGGUUUAUCUGGAGUUGGCGGUGUCUUUAAUGAAGAGGUCCUAAAGACUAUGCGAGAUUCAGACUCCAUUAAACCUGCUAUUUUUGCCAUGUCAAAUCCUACAACAAAUGCCGAAUGUACUGCUGCAGAGGCUUUCAAGCAUGCCGGUGAAAAUAUUGUUUUUGUGAGUGGGAGCCAUUUUGACAAUGAUGCUAUUGGGAAUGGCAAAGUAGGUUAUGUCAACCAAGCCAGUAGCAUUUACCUCUUUCCAGGAAUUGGCUUGGGAAGUCUUCUCGCUGGUGCUCGCAUUAUUACAGAUGAAAUGCUGCAAGCAGCUGCCAAUAUACGAGAUAUCACAGCAGAGGUUGGAGCCUGUGUUUUGAGGGCAGCAGUUGUAGAAGAAGUGGCUGAUGGACACGGAGAAGUAGGCCCCAGAGAACUAUCACACAUGUCAAAGGAUGAAACCAUUAGAUAUGUGAAAGAGAACAUGUGGUAUCCUGUUUACAGCCCUCUCGUUGAAGAAAAGUAACAAGCCGUGUGGGGGUCCACCAUUUUAAAAAAAUAUAUUUUGGAGACUUUUAUUCUAUUAUUAUUAUUAUUUUUUUUUUUUCCUGCAGAACAUGUGUUGAUUGUGUAGUCCAUUGUAUGCUCAUUGAGAAUUUGAGAUACUAACGAAUGAAAACUCGUACAGACAGAGCAUUGUGGCUUAUCAGAGCCGAGUGGAUGGAUGAAAUUAUCAUUAUUAUUGUAGUGAACUAUAUUAUUAGCUUGAUGAUCAGUAAUUGCGGCAUUUACUGUUUUCCAAAUGAUAAAAGUCGAUGUGGUGAGAUAGCUGAGUGAAUGU